AUGGGAGUAAAACGGAUUAAAAAGGAUUCGAUGCUGUCGGGGAUGGACAGCCUCGACAACGACAGUCGGGUGCGAAUUCUGGGUAUUAUUGAUAAACUUCGUGAACUCGGAGUUAGCAAGACAGUUUACUUGCCUCAGCUUGUCGUCGUUGGAGACCAGUCGAGCGGCAAGUCAUCACUUCUCGAAGCACUCACUGGGUUAUCGUUCCCCAUAGCCAGUGAUCUGUGUACCCGAUAUGCGACGCAGAUAGUGCUUCGUCGAUCGAGGCUUGAGGAUGCUGGAGCUAAAAUAAGCAUCAUCCCUGGGCGUAAGGCUCAAACGGAUGAUGAUGAAAUGAAAGGACAUCUUUUGAGCUUCGAGCAAUCGCUUCCCCUGGAUCAAUUCGGAUUGGGUGGAUUCACCCGCAUCUUUGAUGAGGCUGCUGAAUACAUGGGAGUGCCGGGGCCGACGACGGAGAAUCUAGAGAACCUCAAGAAACGUUUUUCAGAUGACAUUUUGAAGAUCGAACUUUCUGGCCCAGAGCAAAGGCAUUGUACAAAGAAACGAAAAAUCAGACCAGUCAGGUACAGUAGGACAAACAAACGAUAA